UGGUUUCAUUGGACGAGCGCUAGAAGGAGGGUGGCGCAUGCGCGUUCGGCCGACGCCAUCUCUAACUACUGUGCGUACUUAUUCCUAGAGUGAAAUGAAUGCUAAUUCGUGUUAAAAAGUGUAAUUUAUCAUGUAAUUAUAUCGCUGCCAGUGAGAUAAAGUGACACAAUAUAGUGUUUAGCCUACGCAGUGCAAGCGUAAUAAAAUCGCGGUCGUAAAUUUGCGGAAGUUUCUUAGCUAUACCAACGCAUAUUUUUUGCGGCCGUCUCCGCGAGCACCGCAUACAUCGGGUUACUUGAUGGACCUUUGUCGCCGGACCGGCUAGUGAUUUAACGCUUCGGUGUUAGUGUUCGCGUGAUAUGAAUUCUGUAAAGCCCGUUUUGCCCCAGCCUGGGGCGCCGGGUGUGCAGACAAGUCCCGCGAAGGCGACUGUCGCCGGCGGCGGAUUGGGCGCGGGUGGGAACUUGCCCAAUCUGGGAGGCAGUCUCGUCGGGCAAAACCUCACGCAGCCCGCGGCCGUGCCACAGCCGCUGGCGCCGCCAGUUCAGCCCCUCGCACACGCCGCACCUUGCAUGGCGCCGGUCUCCGCAAACAUGGCGCAGAUGGCUCAAAAUAUGAGUCACCACGGUAACUUAUCGCACGUCACUCAAAACUCUGUUCCACCCGUGGUCACCAGUCCCGCCAAGACGCCAACCAGCGCUCCAUUAAGUCUCGUCCAAGACAAACCUCCAGCACCAGUCCCAUCUCAGCCCUUAGCAUUGACACGAACUCCAGAGAAAAAAGAACCUGACUCCACUGUCCCACCAGCACAAUCAAAUGGCACAGUAGACUCGCCAAAGUCAGCUGCAAAUGCUCCCACCGCUUUGAAACCACAAAAUCCUGAACCAAGCAAAUAUAUUGAUAUCGCGAAGACAUCACCAAGUACACCAAAGCCUCCUGAGAAACCUUCAAGUACGCCCAGUACUCCUCAAAAGGCUGAACCUGCCAAUGCUAACCAAGCGGCUGACCCUGCUCAGCCUAAAGUGGCAACUGCCAAUGAGGCACCAGAAAAAUCGCCAGCCAAACCAACUGAACCCAAGCCAGCACCAACGGCCGAUGUUGCACCAUCCCAAAGUGACAGUAAACCUGUUCCAGAAUCAGCUAAAGACAGUCCGUGCCCGGAAAAGGCCCCAACUCCACAAAAAGCAGAACAACCAGCUCAACCAGCAGCGGGAAGUGCCAAGGUACAAAAUGAUGUAAAACCUGAAGAGAAAAAACCAGAGCCAGAGCCUGAAAAGCCGGCAGCAAAACCAGUUGAAGAACCAGCUAAGCCAGAGGAGGCACCUAAAAAGGCUGAAACUCCUAAAAAAGAGGAGAAGCCAGUGGAAACUGCUGAAAAACCUGCGGAAAAGGUUGAAGAGAAAAAGCCCGAGAAACCAGAAGUCAAAACCCCCGCUAAGCCUGAACCGAAGGCUACUCCAAAGUCUACUCUAAAGCUUGCGACAGUUACACCACCCAUGAGGAAGAGACGGCAUGCCAGCCCGAGCAAGUCCACUGAUGGCCCCACUGCAGCUAAGAAGCCUACUGAAGAUCCCUCUACACCUGACUCACGAUCCAAGAGAAAUAGAAAAUCGGUGCAACUGUACCAAUCUCCAACUCCUGAGAUUGCCAUGGCAACUAAGCUGUCUGCCUCUGCAGGCAGAUCAACCCCAACUAAGCCCAAUGAUGACAAACUUAUUGUGUUCUACAAAAACGAGUACCUAGCGGUCCGAAACUCCGAAGGCGGUUUCUACGUCUGCCAGGCCACACAGAAUGUGUACCGCACCACACGCAAGAUCAAAAUCCGCUGGUUGUCCCAGGACAAGGCCGCGGACCCGUCUGGGGAGACUUACAAACCCGACUUCUAUGACGUCACUGACAUGGAGUGCGUCCUAACAACGUUGUCCCUGGCGCGAGCGCCGGGCGGCGGCGGCGCGCAGAUUCUGAAGCCCGCCGAGCAAGCUCGGGCUCGCUCUAUACUCGAGCGCGCGCUGCAGGCCGAGCAGGGCGACGCCAAGCCUGCCGUCACUGAAGAACACCCGGACGGCUUGGACCUAUCUCUGUACACGGACGAAUCGCAGCUGGACAAAAAGUCGCGCAAGCGCAGCGCGUCCAAGUCGUCCCCCCGCAAGCCCUCCCCCCGCAAGUCGUCUCCGCGCCAAGCCGAUACACAAAAGGAAGUACCGACGCCAGUUAAAAAGGCGCGUACCACACCAAAGCGCAGUCCCAAGCGCAAAUCGAAAGCGACUCCGCAAAAACAAACCAAACGAAAAUCGGCAGGUACCACGCCCAUAGUGGCGACGGCAAGCAAGGUAGGCAUAGUACAACGGAUAUAUAGAAAUACGGCCACAGCAGUAACGGAAAAGGCAAAGGCUAAUAAGACGCCGAAAAGGACGCCAGUCAAACAGAAGGAGACGCCACCACCGGCCACGCCCACGCGGGGAAGACGGUCAACUGUGAAAGACACCAAACCGUCCCCGAUCGUGCCCACGCCCUCAACGUCGACUGGUAAGACCACGCGCACGCCGCGGAAGCCCCCGCGAAGAAAUAAUACGAGACACGCCACGGCGCCACACUGCGCGUGACCGCACGCCGAGCGCGGUGAGGGACUCUAGUGAAUAUCAAAACCGCUCUUACAGGCUCAAUUUUAAUAAAGAAUAAGAAAUUAAAACAUAAUCUGUAAAGUAAGGGUUCCCCCACACCUAUCGACGCGGAAUAAGUUUAAAGCAAAAAUCGCUCGUUUGUCGUUAGGGCCCCCCCAUCUAGCGUCUCGCGAGCGUAGCGUCGGGCCAAAUGUAUGGAAAAAGACGCCGCGUCAGGCUUUGCCCUUAGUAUGAAGACACUUUCGCGUCAUUGUCACUGAACGCAUGCGUACGCAUGUUCGUACUAACGAGCGAUUUUUGAUCGGCGAAAAACGUUUCGGCGUCGAUAUGUUUAGACCCUAAAUCAAUGGUGAUUUAAUAUCAACCUCCUAAUCUGUAACAUGUUCUAGAAAACUGUUCUUAUUUGGCCACAUUACGUUAUCUGUUUGUUUCGGAGGUUUUGUAAAUUAGUAUGAAGAACAAACACAUCGGCCAGACUUAACACAUCUACUGCCAGCGCGAGCUUCGCCUAGUUGAUAUAGAACGAUAUUAAAUUCUCAGCACAAAGCAGACAAACCACUUUGUUGCCAAAAGCCUCUACAGAGUCCGCUAGGCAGUGAAUGUGUUGACCAAAUAUGUCGCAACAAACAGUUAGGUUAAGUUGAUAUGUAUUCUUAUUGUAUUUGUUUUAAAAGUGAAUAGCGGUUUUCAUCGUCACAGAAGACUCACUGUAGUUGUCAAUUUCUCUACUUUUCUCGUUUUAAUGCAACCAUUGAAACCAGUCGAGUAGACAAAUGUUAUCAAACGUAUCGUCCUCGUGGUAAGGUCGUAACUUUGUGUCUUAGAAGAUAUUUAUUUUUACAACAUGGACUUGCAUAAUAAUGUUUUACAUUUUAUAUUGAUUUUUAUUGUAUCUGAACUUCGGUUGACAUGCAUUUUGACAGAUGUUUUAAUCAUGUUCCAAAUUGGAAUACUAUUUCUAAUGUCUUUUUAAAUGUUCUCUUGUUUUGUACUUAUAGGUGUAAGGAAACCCAAUCCAAGUGUUAGAUGUGCACCUGAUAUCAUGUCGUCAUUGCAAAUUAUAAAUGUAAUAAUAACACUGUCAAAAUGCCAGUCUGUGAACAUUGAUUUAGUCAUAAACUGUAUAUGUAAUUCAAAGGAGGAAAGCUAAGCAGUUCAGUAAUUUCUUGGCUCAAGAGACUCUGUCUUGCACCUAUCUAAAAGGGGAUGGAUGGAAACACAAAAAAUAACGCCCUCUAUGUGCAUAUUUAUGAAAUAUUUUAUUUUAUUGACACUGAUGAAGUACAGUAAUUAUGAAGCACAAGAAUGAUCAGGAAUAUUGUUAUACUAUAGGAAAAUGCUGAGUGAAGGUAAAUUAUAAUUAUGUAAUUUCUUUUAUACACUGUUGUGUAUCAUUGAUCAGUUAUUGGUCAGGGGCCUAUACUAGUGUAAAUGCCCGCUAAAGGUUAGGACUCGUGUCAACGAAAGGCCACGUUAUUUCUUUUAAAUAAGUGAUCUACUGUAAGAAUAAUGUUUCAUUGUAAUAAUAAAAUGUGGGAUAUCAAGAAUUCACUAUAAUUUUGUCAUACUAACUUUUACUAAUGUAUCUGUAACAAUUUUAGUAUUCACUGUAAAUAUUUACGAUUAACAUGAAUGUUAACAGUCUAAUUUUAAUCUUCUGGAUCCAAUGCUGGAGGCGGUUUGUCUCCUCUAGCUAUAGGCAAUAGAAUUAAAGGUUUUUUUAUAAGACUAGGAUAAAAUUUGAAAUUUUGCUAGAGUAUUGAAGUUAGGAUAUGGUACUCUAUAAUUUCGAAGUUUGUAUAAAAUCAGUACAAAGAAUUAAAAAGUAAUCAGAAUGUUUAGUGACACAUUUGAUUUCAAAUAAGAAUAUAUUUUGAUACUAUUGGUUUACUUUUAUCAUAAUGUGCUAUCGUGAAUUGAGGGUACUUGUUUUAACUGCGAUGAGACCCAAAGGAAAUGGAUUCCAAGAAUUAAGGUUUCUCAUAGUGGCUGGCAGAUCCUCACGUCGAGUAAAUGUGUAUCUGUUUGGACCAAGCAUAAUAUCGCGCAUGAAUAAAUUACAUUGAAAUCAUUGAAUCAAUGUACAGUUGAAUACUAAAUGUUAUGCCACUGCCCAUUUCGAAACUUCUUCUAUUGUAAAAAUAGAUAAUUUAAUCUAUUUUUACUUUUAUACAAUUUAGUUUUAAUGAAUCCCGAUUUUGUUACAUCACGUCUGAGUUGAUGACUUGAGGUUGUUUUGCCGGCGGGCGCGCCGCACUGCAUUUUGUUGAAUGUUUCCAUAAGUCUUAUGUUGUUAUUAAACGUCAGACCCGAGUUAAGGGCGUGCGAGUGUGUGUGUUAGAAAAAUUAAGUACCUAAAUUUUAGAUGGUAUUUCUAAAUAGGUUAAUUAAAAAGAGGAUUAAGCUUAGGGUAUAAAUUUGUGUGUGAAUUUUCUGUUUAUAACGUACCAAGUGGGAAAUGUUUGCACCAGUCCUCUGGUACAAUAGUUGUAAACAUAUUUUAGCGUUUUAUACAAAAAUAUAUCAGUUUGAGAGUACUAUUGUAACAGAAAGUCCACAAAUUACAAAAUUUAUAUGCAAUUCAGAAUUAAAUAUAAUAAUUUAAGAGACA